AUGAUCAAAUCAAUUAUGCGCGAUAUUUUCUCUUAUGUGAUGAGUAUCUUCAUCUUACCUGAUUCCAUAAUGAAGGAUAUUGAGAAAAUGUUGAAUUCAUUCUGGUGGGGAGUAGGCAAUAAUAAUAAGGGUAUUAGAUGGCUGGCGUGGGAUAAAUUUACUUGUCCUAAGAAUGAAGGAAGUGUGAGCUUUCGUGAUUUUAAGUCAUUUAAUAUGGCAAUGUUGGCGAAGCAAGGGUGGCAUAUUAUAAUGCAACCAGAUACUUUGGUAGCUAGAGUUUUCAAAGUUAAGUAUUUCCCUCGUUCGUCAUUGUUUGAAUAUAGUCUUGGAAAUAAUCCUAGCUAUGUCUGGAGAAUCUUAUGGAAAGUGAGAGAGGUUCUUAUCCUGGGAUGUAAAUGGAGGAUUAGGGAUAAGAGCAAGAUUAAUGUAAUGUUUGACCCAUGGUUGAGAAUUAAAGGAAAAAGGUAG